AUGCACCGCCGCCCCCACACAGAAGCCACCGAUUGCCCCGCAGUAUCCCGGCGUGCUCCUCGCUACUGUCCUCCUAUAUCCCGGCGUGCAGCGGGCGGCCUGACCCCUUAGAAGGACAAAACUGCCGAUCUGAUUAGGUAUCUUUCUGUUUCUCUAUCUGACUCUCGCACUCACUCGCUCAAAGGACCAGCAACAUGUCUGACGCAAUCGAGGAGAAAAUCAAGAACUACCGAACAGCCCCUUUCGAUGCUCGAUUCCCCAACACCAACCAGACCAGGAACUGCUUCCAGAACUACCUGGAUUUCCAUCGUUGUAACAAUGCACUCUCUGCUAAGGGCCAGGACGUUUCUCCAUGCCAGUGGUACCAGCGUGUCUAUAAGAGCCUGUGUCCUAUGAGCUGGGUGGGGAAAUGGGAUGACCAAGUUGCGGACGGGAGCUUUCCUGGCAGAGUGUGAAUCUCAAGAACCAACAAACAAUCAGAAUCUUAAUAAUAAUAAUAAAAAUAUAACUUUAUUCCAGUCUGAUUGGGGGCAGGGGUUUAAAAUGUCGCCAGUGAAAAUAUUAGAAAUGAAAUAAAAUGCUGUUUCUGUUCUA